AUGCUAACUACCAUUGCUCCUAGUGAGAAGUCGCUCGAAUCGGGCCUUCAGUAUUGGCUGGUGUUCCUGAAUUUCAUCGUCCAGAAGCUAGAUCUACACAAGGAUGACCAGGGUAUGGAUGAGGAUGACAAGGAAGAAAGAAGAAGGCUCUGGUGGGCCACCUAUAUUAUCGAUCGGCAUGCCGCUCUCUCUUUCAAUGGGCGUCCACGUCUCACUGAUCAAGAAUGCUCGUGGUUGCCGACGCCGUGCCCAGAUGCGAUCUGGGACAAUCUAUCACCGUUGCCUCGAUCGGAAAACUGCCUCCCCCAUAGUAUGACAUCGAGAUAUCAAGUCCGCAGUCUAGAUAUGCUUGGGACGUUUCUGCCCCUAUCAAGAAUCCUAGGCGACAUUCUCGAGUAUCGCUUCCUCGACGAUCAUCCAACGUUCAACACCAAUAAAGCUCUGCUAGAUACAAGCCGCGCAACCAUAAUCCGUAACUUGCAGCUGUGGUUCGACUCCUUUGAAUCGCUAGUUGAACCUGACUUCUGUCGAAUGUCAGAGCCAGAGUGCGAGCUUCUGCCGGGAGGUAGUAACCCAGCAGUCGCCUACUACGGCUUGCACAUGUACCACUGCAUGUUUGUGCUACUCCACGGUCGCAUGGAUGUGGUUCGCAUGUACCAUGAUCUUGAGUGGCAAGCAUCUCCCGACUUCCUUACCGCUGGCGAACACGCUGUCGCGUGCGCAAACGUUGCACGUCACAUCCUCCGGGUUGAUCCUCGAUUAAGCUUUAUGUAUCGCUAUUUCGGCACAUACUUCCUACAAUCGUCCUUCAUCUUCCUGAUCCUGGCCCAGAAACUAGGCCAACAAUCUGACAGCUUGAUUUUGCGCAACUGCGCGAUUAAUCUACAGGUCUUGGACAAGUUUGUGCUAGCCACAAACAUGGAUUACCAGCGAACAUAUGCCGAACUCCUUCGCAAAGCUCUCAGCAACAACAUGACACGAUCCUCUCAGGAAAAGGCUGAUGCUAGCCAUGACGACACCUCAGCACUUGAAGAGCUAGAGAGUCAUCUCGAUCCCGAAAUGCUUCGUUAUCGCUGGGCUCCGGGUUUUACGGGGUUGUGGGCGCAUACAGAGCCAUGA